AUGUGUGGCGGCCCCGUACGGAAAUCUAAUUCACAACAAAUUUAUCCUACCCUUCGUAAUCCAUGGGUCUUAUUUCCAAAUGCCACGUGA